AUGGCGACGCCGCGCCACGUCCGCACCCGGAAGUGCCGUCACGCGGGGCGGGGCGGGGCGGAGCACCUCCGAGCCGCCAGGGGGCGCGCGCGGCAGGGCCGCUCUGGCCGGCGGAGCCGAGCGCGGCGGGGCGGGGUCGCCAUGGCGACGGCGGCGGCGCGGCGGGACGCGAGGCGGGCGGAGUGCCUGUCGGCGCAGCCCCGCCCGGUGGAGAACCAGCCGUACGACGAGAGCCUGGAGCUGCCUGAGGCCGAGCUCGGAGCCCGCUCGCCGCGGGCGGGGAGCACGGACCGCCUGCGGGACUCCCGUGGGCCCGGGGUGUCCGUCGGAGCGACCGAGCGCGGGAGUGGCGAUCGGGGCAGCGGAGGGAAGGAGGAGGUAGCGACACACCUGCCCGGCCCAGCCACCUUCAGCGAGGAUGACGACGAGGACGAUGAGGACUCGGAGGAAGAUUCCUCGGAGAGCGACUCGGAGGAGGACUCGGAGGAGCACGGGGCCGCGUUGGAGGGUGACUUCAAUCCAUCAGAUUUUGACUACCUGCAAGUGUCUUCUGAAAUCAAAGACCUCUUUGAAUACAUCAAGAGGUACACUCCCAAAACAAUAGAGAUUGAGCACAAGCUGCAACCUUUUAUUCCAGACUUUAUUCCUGCUGUUGGAGACAUCGAUGCAUUCCUAAAGGUUCCUCGUCCCGAUGGCAAGCCUGACAGCCUUGGCCUGCUGAUCUUGGAUGAGCCCUCAACCAAGCAGUCGGAUCCCACCGUGCUCUCUCUUUGGCUGACAGAGAACUCCAAGCAGCACAACAUCACACAGCAGAUAAAAGUGAAGAGUUUGGAGAAUGCAGAAAAUAACCCCAAAGCCAUUGAGAGGUGGAUUGAAAGUAUUAGUGAACUGCAUCGCUGCAAACCUCCUGCCACAGUCCAUUACUCCAGACCAAUGCCUGACAUCGAGACCCUGAUGCAGGAAUGGCCACCAGAAUUUGAGGAGCUCUUGGGAAAGGUGGGUCUUCCGAGCGCAGAGAUGAGCUGUGACCUUGCUGAAUACAUCGACAUGAUCUGUGCCAUUCUGGACAUCCCCGUGUACAAGAGCCGGAUACACCCUCUGCAUGUCCUCUUCUCCCUCUUCUUAGAGUUCAAGAACUCGCAGCAUUUCAAGUCCCUGGCUGAUGGGCAGAAGGGCAGGAGCCCACCAUCCAACCUACCCUCACAAGCAGCGGAGGCAGAGGUGUUGAGCUUUAACUGAUGCUUCACAUUAAAGCCUCAUCUCCUGGAUCACUGUCUGCUGCUGGACACUGAGGUGUACCCAGAGCAGGCUGGGGAAUAUCACACAGCAAUUCAGAAGCCUCUCUGGUCUUAGAGACAUUGCUGGGCUGUUAAGUGUUAGGGAGUAGAGCUUGACUCAUCAUAUUUGUUGCAGAAGCUGCCUAAUGGCUCCAUUUUUCACUUGUUCCCAAGGAGUUCAGCAUUAAACCAGCCUUUCCCUGUGUCAGGCUCUCUCUGCCACAGGUGCUGCAGAGCAGAGGCCCCUUGAGCACACGCUACAAGGGCCAGAGCAAACGGGAAUAAAUCCCAUACUCAGACACAACACUCAGAUCUGCUCAGGGUGUUGCAAGCUUUGACCUGGAG